UGUAAUGACUGGCAUGCUACUUCUCUGGGCUUUCACAGAUGCCUCAGCUGCACUCUCUAUAAUUUCAUUGCAGAACCCAGUCCGGGUCUUCUCUGGUCAGACGGCUGUCCUGCCCAUCUCCCUCCAGUUCCAGAACCCAGUAUGGGAAUUCUACCAUGUCAAGUGGGAUUUCAUCACAGGGAAUCGUCCUGUCUUGGUCUACAUGGUGGACCACUGUACUGGAGCCCCAGGGUCACGGGAGCGCACCUGCCAGCACAGUCUGGAGCAGGCAGGAUUUUAUCAGCAGCGGGCGAAUGUCUCCUUCGAGAGUGCUUCGCUAGUGCUCAAGGGCGUGCAGCCAGAGGAUGCGGGGACGUACCAGAUAACGGUACGAAGCUUGGAUGUAUCGGGCACUGCUCUAGUGAACCUGACUGUGGAAGGAAAAUUUGCCUGGAAAAGCCUCAGCACCAUUAACACUAUCCGUAUGGUCUUUGCCUGCCUGGUUCUCUGCGUUUUGGCACUGAUAGUGGGAGAGUAUAUUCAUGCAUCAGGCAGCAACAUCACUCAGCGUGAGGAGACACUGGUCCACCCGAGACGCCAGAUGGAGGUGCACUCCUGGUUGGGGACACACAACACAUAAUUGUUGUUUCAUCUACUUCAGCUUCCUUCCACGGACAAUGACCAGCACCAAAUGCUUAUGAGAGAGGAGGAAAAUGCCUAUA